AAGUGCGAGAGUUGGAUUUCCUGAAAUUGUUGAACUGGAUGUGUUGGCUAAAUUUGUGGUUUUAAGAAAACCUGAGAGACUGAAGGCAGCAGCCCUGGGGGAAGCCCUUUCCGUGGGCAGCCGGAACCUUCUGGUCCAGAGGAGAAGCCGUCCCCUCACCUGGACUUAUGACCCGUGGCUUUGCCCCCAGCCUGCCCAUUGAGUGCCACAAGAUGGGCUCCUUCCGCAGGCCCAGACCACGCUUCAUGAGCUCCCCGGUGCUCAGCGACCUGCCCCGAUUCCAGGCCACCCGGCAGGCCCUGCAGCUGAGCUCCAACUCAGCCUGGAACAGUGUGCAGACUGCUGUGAUCAACGUCUUCAAAGGCGGAGGCUUGCAAAGCAAUGAGCUCUAUGCACUGAACGAAAACAUCAGGCGGCUGCUGAAGAGUGAACUCGGAUCCUUUAUUACAGACUAUUUCCAGAACCAGCUUCUUGCAAAAGGACUGUUGUUUGUGGAGGAGAAGAUUAAGCUGUGCGAAGGUGAAAAUCGCAUUGAGGUUCUGGCUGAAGUCUGGGACCACUUCUUCACUGAGACUCUCCCCACCCUGCAGGCCAUAUUUUACCCAGUUCAGGGCCAGGAGCUGACCAUCCGCCAGAUCUCCCUGCUGGGCUUCCGUGACCUGGUCCUGCUGAAGGUGAAGCUGGGUGACCUGCUGCUGCUGGCCCCAUCCCAGCUGCCCUCGUCCAUCGUCCAGAUGUUGCUCAUCCUGCAGAGUGUUCAUGAGCCCACAGGCCCCAGUGAGGGUUAUUUGCAGCUGGAGGAACUGGUGAAGCAAGUGAUUUCUCCUUUCCUGGGCAUCAGCGAGGACCGUGGCCUCUCGGGCCCCACGUACAUGCUGGCCAGACGCCACUCCCGGGUCCGGCCCAAGGUCACUGUCCUGAACUAUGCCUCCCCGAUGGCCACCGUCAGCCGGCCACUGAAUGAGACGGCCCUGACCCCGCUGACGGAGCAGGAGGGGGAGGCCUACCUCGAGAAGUGCGGGAGCGUCCGGCGGCACACGGUGGCCAACGCCCACUCGGACAUCCAGCUGCUGGCCAUGGCCACCAUGAUGCACUCAGGCCUGGGCGAGGAGCCCGGCGGGGAGGACAAGUGCCUGCUCCUGCCACCCAGCUUCUCCCCACCCCACCGCCAGUGCUCCAGCGAGCCCAACAUCACCGACAGCCCCGAGGAGCUGGAGGAGGUGGCGGGGGGCAGCCAGGAGGGCUCGGAGCCGAACUGCGCUUCCCUCAGCUGACUGCCCAGCUCUGCCUCGCAACCAGGGUGAGGACGGCUCCAUCCUGUGAGUCACCAGCGGGCUCUUCCUUUGGGCAGAGCUGCCUUAUGUCUCCUUGGGUACAGGCCUAGUCUGAGUGCCCUGGGGGAGAUCCCUGUUGUAAACCUGUCCGUUUUUGUGACUGUGACCACCUCUCCGCAGCCAUACAGACCCAGCUGCCUAACGCCGACUUUCUGACUUCCAGCCUUGCCUGCCUGACUCGGAUCCUCGUACUGGACAGUCCGAUGCUCCCCACGACGGGUCCCAGUGCCCUUGGCAUGGUGUAGCAGGAGGCUGUCUGAGCCACACAUGGAGCCAGCAGGGAUGUGCUGGAGUUCCCCUUUAGGUCUGGUGACACAGAGGCUUGUGGGUGGAAGGAUCCCUCUCCUCCCUUGCCUUUGUUUGUGGGGAGCGAAAGGACACGCAGCCCCUACCAAGCAGGGCUCUGGGAACGUGCCUUCCUUGUUUUAGUUUCAGAAUUACUGGGACAGAGUUGCCCCCCUGGGUUGUGAAGGUCUGUCUUCACCUACGUCCGGAGGGCCUCAGGGCUGGAUUAAGCCUCAGCCUUUCCCGCUCAGGCUCCCCCCAAGCUGUAGAACUAAGCUCCCGGGUGGAGUAGCUGGUGCCUUCAUCCCUCUUUUCCUUCAGAAACUGACCGUUUUCCUGUUGGGGGUGAAGGGCUGGCGGAUGCCAGCCAACUAGUUUUAUUCCUGGAUUUCACUUGAAUUUUCAAAAUGUGCAUCGUUUCAAAAAAAUUGUUUGCAAAUAUUUGCACCUAGGAUCUUGCUUUGCUCCUUUCCAAUGGGGUCUGUCUUCAAGCUAAGAAACAAGCAAACCCCCCGGGAAAGGAGCCUGAAAGUGGUUUGGGGUGAAAGUGAUCGUGGUGGGCAGGUCUCUCGGGCUGCAGAACUCUGGAAGCAGCUGGAUUUGCAGCCAGAACGGCCUGUGUUUGUGAUUGUCAUGGCUCGUAGGAGAAGCUGCAGCGAGGUAGGGCGACGGCUAGCCUUGCGCACAGAGGGUUGCAGCCAGGGGAACGUCUCAGUGCUUUCCAGUGGGGGAAGCAGGGCAGGCGUAGGUAGGACCUUUUGGAGAGAUGUUCGUUCCCUGUGAUUAAAGAAGUACCCAGAACUGCUGGAAUUUCUAACACGUGAGGUCUCCAGAUGCUCUUGGGGCAGCAGGCUCUGUACCAUGCUGUCUCCUUAACGCUGCUCCCUCCAGGUCUGGGCUUUUUAUGCACCUCGAACCUCUUAUUUUCUCUUUGUAUUUGCCUGUUGGCCCCACUCAUAACAGCUCUAGAAGAAAAGAGAAGGCUCCCCUGGAUCCUUCUGGCACCUCCUAGGUAUCCUGUUAGGCUUGGAAACGUUAAUAAAAUCUCAGAGACGGGGGCCAGCUUGGCUUCAAAUGUGGCAGGAGGAGGCUGGGAGAGGACGAGUGAGGUGUCAGCUGCCAGCCGCCGAAGGGCCUCCUAAGAUCCUCUGAGCCUUGACAGCGUUUCCCUUCCGGGCAAAGAUCUGAAAUACGACCAGAGCGGUGCUUUUGAUGGCUUGUAAUUUGGAAAUCGUGUUUAACAAGUUGUUUCAUGUUCAUCCUUCUACGAGAGUGAUGGAAGAGCAAUGUCCAAAGGAGAUCUGAGAAUUUCAAACACAAACAAAUAAUAAUCUUGGUAUGUGUGUUGGAUAAAGUCCACAAAUUGACGAACAUGCAUUAGCAGAUGGAACAUCAGUAGGUAAUAGCACGAUGAUUUAUUUAACUGAUGGCUCUGGUCCUUUAGUAGGCUGAGCACUCGGGACUGGUAUUUAUUGAUGCAGGCAAAGUAAUUAAUCAUGCUUGGUUUUUUGUUUCUUUUUAGUUUACAAUGUUAGCAAUACAUAUGUUUUGAAAUGCUUUUUCCAUAUAGUGAGCGGCCCCGAUGUGGAUAGCAGUCAUCAGUUAAAUACAUGAGCUCCUAGGUGGAGAAGGGGAGUGUCAGCCCAGACCCAGUGGACUCGGUGUUGCUGAUGACUGUUAGCCAGUUUACAGCAUCACCUGUGAUGUACACACCGGGUGUUUGUGCAGUAAAUAUUUCAGACUGUACCCAUAACAAUGUUAUUGGUGUCCAUGGGCAUUCCAGCCAUCGGAGCUGGUGCAGGAGGCCAGCUGUCGUGUUUUAACCACUGUUGCUCCCCUUUGUGAGAUGAAGGUUCAUUCUUGUUGGUCUGAGCUCGGAUCUUCCUGUGGCUAAGGUUUAAGGACAUGAAGCGAUCGCUCUAAACUCCGAGUGCCUCACAAACCCCAAACCUCUCAUGCUGUCUGUGUCCAAAACGGAUUCAAUAAAUACCAUUUUGCACGCGUUACCUACCCUGUUGCCACGUGGUGGUGCCUUGAUUGAAUCUGCCCGCGCAGCAGACCACUGGGCGUCCUGCCCUCGCCCUCUGUCCCCGCUUUCCCUGCCUCCGUGUCCCUUUUCCUGCAGCCUCCCUGUGGGAGCGGCGGCAGACUUCCCUCGGCCAGUCUCCUUGGGCUUUGCCUGCCAGCCGUGUCUGGCUUGGCAAGCCAUCUCCUGGAGGAACGGCCUGUCUGCGGAGCUCGGGAAACACCGAACAGAGUCCGAGAGGGCAAACGACUUCUCGAGCCAGCUUGGUCUCUUCCGCCGCGUCUGAGCUAGAGGGGCCGCGUCCCCCUCACUCGUGGACGUCUCGGGUGUUCCCCUCAGGCUCUGUUGGGUGAAAGGAAUUUAUACUAUUUUACUGUCGGCCUAAGUUUUCCUAGGAGGCCUGGGGCAGUAGGAGCCCGAGACCCCUGAAGGCUUAGUAAGAGCAUUUAAAGAGGUGCGACCUGAGCUGAUUGAAGGGCCUGGAGGAUGUGAAGGGGGCGUGUGGACGUUUUUGUUGAGCCUUCCGAGGCUGUAACUGGGGACAGCGGCUGCUGAGCACUGUGCUCGGUGGGUUUCCUGUCGGUGCACCACGGCACUCCCUCGCCCAGCCGCCCAGCCGCCCAGCCGCCCGGCGCGUAUUUGGGCAGCUGCCACUAUGCGGAGGCACUUUCCUUGGUGCUGGAGAUACAGUGCUAGACGGAACCAAGGUGCCUGUUUUUUUUGAGCCUACAGUCUUAUCAGGUCAACACAGGAAUUUCAAAUAAUGUGAACAACAGAUGAAAUAAAAUGGCCAAAGGCAGUGGCUAGAGGGUGACCUUGGGUGAGGUGGCUCAAGAAAGUCUCUCUGACGGGGACUUGAGCUGAGGCCCGAGGGGGAAGGGGCCAGCCUUACAAUGUGUUUUCAAUGACCACAGACUGGUGGCUCAAAGCAGCACGCACUUGUUAGCAGUGCUGUGGGCUAGAAGCCUGACAUGGGUCUCCCUGGGCUAAGACCGCGGUGCUGGCAGGGCCGUGCUCCUUUCUGGAGCCUCCAAGGAGAAUCUACUGCCUGGCUCUGCGAGCUGCCAGAGGCUGCCAUGCGCCUUGGCUCCUGGCCCUCUUUCUCCAGCUCCAAGCCAGCAACGGUGGGUCAAAUCCCUCUCAUCCCAUCACACCGACCUACGUCCUGCCUCCCUCUUCCACCUUUAGGGACCCCUGUAGUUCUGUUGGGCCCAUCUGGAUAAUUCAGGAUAAUCUUCAUCUCAAGAUUUCUGUGGGCACUGCCUCUGCUGCCCCCUCUGCUGCUGUCUCUCUCAGUAAGAAAAAGGCUGGCCAGGGUGUGCUGGAGCCCUCUGGAGGCUGAGACUGCGCUGGGCAGGUGGGUGCUGGUCUCAGUGUCCAGGGCACACUGGCUGGCCUGUCCUAGAGGCCUUGGACUCCAGCAAUGACCAUGAUUCUGGAGUCCCUUGCUCAAAUCUUUCUCUUCUCU